GCGAAAUAACCGGAAGUAUUUGUCUGUCAGCCUAAUCGAUCAUAUUAUGGAUGGAAAUACAGGGCUAUUCAAGAUGAAGAAAUUCGUGUCAGACGCAUCUACGGUUUUUAAUCGGGCAGUACAGUUCACAGAGGAAAAGCUAGGAUCCGCAGAGAAAACGGAGCUUGACGCACACUUUGAAAACCUUCUCCAGAGAGCUGAUAAGACCAAAGUAUGGACAGAAAAAAUCCUGAAACAGACAGAAAGUGUUCUUCAACCCAACCCAAAUAUACGAAUGGAAGACUUUGUGUACGAGAAGUUAGACAAAAAGAAGAGGGAUCGUGUGAACCAUCAUGAAGUCUUGGGGCAGAUGUUGGUAGAUGGUGGCAAUGACUUUGGCCCAGGCACAACCUAUGGUAAUGCACUAGUGAAAUGUGGACAGGCCCAGCUGAGGAUAGGGAAUUCAGAAAGGGAAUUCAUUCAAGCAACAAGCAACAAUUUCUUACAGCCCCUCCACAACUUUCUAGAGGGGGACAUGAAAACUAUACAGAAAGAAAAAAAAAUUCUGGAAACAAAAAGAUUAGACCUGGAUGCCUCCAAAAAUCGACUUCGUAAAGCGAAAUCUACAUCACAACCACAGGUAAAUGUGACAUCACAACCACAGUCCGCUCAGAGUUCCCCUCAGAAUGUGUUGAUGAUGGUCGAGGAAGAAAACCCGGUCAGGUUUCAUCUUGAUGAUGCUGUCUCUCGAGCUGAGACGGAGUUGCGUGUAGCCCAAGCGGAAUUUGACAGACAGGCAGAAAUAACCAAGUUACUUCUAGAAGGAGUCAGCAGUGCUCAUGCCCAUCAUCUACGCUGUUUAAAUGACUUCAUAGAGGCCCAGCUAACAUACUACGCUCAGUGCCAGCAGUAUAUUUCUGACCUGCAGCGCCAACUUGGAAGUUACUCUCAGACUGUUGGUGUCGGGAACAGUUCUUCGAAUUCCUCGGGGGCAGGUAUAUCAUCCAGUAUCCCCACCUCAGUCCCCCUUCAGCCUUCUGCACCACCCCAGAUCAAUGUUAUAGCAGCCACGCCCAAUGUAGAGAAAAAACAGGCUCGCGUUUUGUAUGACUAUGACGCAGCUGAUAGUUCUGAGCUCACGCUUUUAGCUGAUGAACUCAUAACAGUUUACAGAACCCCAGGAAUGGACCCUGAUUGGCUGAUGGCAGAGAGGGGCCCACAGAAGGGAAAAGUUCCUACUACAUAUCUAGAAGUGUUAGAAUGAUAAUGAACUCGGAAUGCAUUCGCAUGACCAUAAGAUCUUUUUACUGUGAGAUUUCUAACGAUUUUGAAUGUUGCAAUAUGUCAUUGUUGAAUUGUUUAUGUGUAGGCUAUGUCUGCAUCUAAAGUUUAUCAUCUGAAGAAUAUCAUAUUCGUAAUAUCCUACAUGUACAUACUCUGUACACACGAAAUAAUCUUAACAAAAAUUUUCCUUCUGCACAUUGUAUCAGUGUACAAGUGGUGUCAAGGGGGGCAACUCUAUAUCAGUAAAUCGACUGCAGUUUAGAUGACAUUAAAUCAACAACAGUUUAAAUAACGUGCCCAUUUAUCACCGAUAUGAAGAAAAAACCAGGAAUAAACAAUUUUCAGAUGCAAAGUGUCAUGAUACACUGUGUUUAUGAUACAGAUUAUUAUACAGGUAUGUGCACUCAAAUUCAGACACUUUUAUUUAUUCACCUGUUGACAUUGACGAUAUAGAAUGUAAAAAAUAUCACUGAAUCUGUGAAGAUAAAGAGUUCCUUUCAUGUUGCAUGUGCAUGCAUGUUCCCACAGUCCAUGGUCUACAUGCAGCAAGGUUGAGGGAAAUAUAGCACAGGAAAUUUGAGGGGACUUUAGCACAGGAAAUUUGAGGGGACUUUAGCACAGGAAAGUUGAGGGAAUUAUACAUAUGUAGCAUCACAAUGGAGUACAUGUAGUUGGUCAGCGAGCUUGUUGGAGGAGGAGGGGGGGGGGGGGGGGUGCUGUUUAAUGCCAUUGGUGUUUGGGGUUUUUCCCACAGUUUAAAUGUUCAUUAUUCCAAAACCUGCAAGAAAGUUAGGAAAGAAAUAAACAAACCAAAAAUUCCAACAGUUUAAUAAGAUUACGUUUGCGCAAUUUACAGCAAAGCAAACAGCCCUUCAUUUUUAUGCCUUAUUUUAACUUUAUGAUGAAAUGCAUGCAUCUUACAUGUAUUCAUAUUUUCUGAUAAUUUAAAAGUGUCUCACUACAGAAAUCAAAAGUGUAAAGUGUGUAAACAAUGUAUGUCAAUAUGGAUUUAAAUUGGUUGUGUUAUUGGACCAUAUGUUGAAAAUCUACGUAUUUGGUCACAUUAAUGAUGUACUGCAAUUAAUUUAGGUUGGCUUUUAUAAGAGCAAAAGGAAUAGGUGAUGCUUUUAACUAUGAUGUGCAUUGAAGUUGUCUAUGGCACAUGUAUGCAUUAAGUUUUCCAUGAAGGAGUUAUGUGUAGUUCAUGAGACCUAACUUGCUUUUCUCUUCCUCGCAUGAUGUGUAUUUUGUACAGUAGUGGAUUUGGUUUUUGUGGGUAUUUGUUCUGGGGGUUGCAACCCCCAACUCCCCUUCCCCUUCACAGUUGAUUAUUUUUUAAAACAAAAAACAUGUUGUCUUUUGCCAUUUUGGUCUCUUCAAUUCCACUUUUUGGACAGAAAAGGUGCCAAACUUGUUGGAUUGCACCCCCCCCCCCCCCCCCUCCCUUUAGAAAAAAAUUAAGGAUCUGCCUCUGUUGUAACAGGAAGUGACUGAGAUAUUUUAUUGAUAGAUGCUGUUGGAUUACAUACUGUACAAGUUUUGUUUUGUAUUGAAUUGUGUAUUACUAAGGUAAAGGACCAUACAGUUCAUUGCAAAUGUAAAGUAUUAUUACAUAAAUGUAAUUGUACAAUAAUUAUGUAAUCAUAUAGUAACAUAAUAUAAAUAUAUACAAAGCAGGGUAGGUUAUCUGACAUACUAAUUCAUAAUUGUGUAAUUGAGGAAAACCUCUAAAUUCUUUUCUUGUAUUAAUUAAAUCACUUAUGAUACACAUUUCCAAUUUACAAAUGCAGCGACGUUUUCAUUUGAUAAGAAUUGAAUGCGUUUGAAAGUUGUGGGUUUUUUUUUUUUUCAUAAUGAUGUUUCAAUGUGUACAUAUUAAUACAUACAAUUGAGGAUAACCUCCUUUGUAUCUUGUAUUGGAACAGGUUUUUUUUAGAAGUAUGUUUUCCCAUUUACAUAACUCUGUGACAUUUUCAUUUGAUAGGAAAUGAUUAAAAUUAAAAGUGGAGAUGUUUUUAUAGAAUGAUAUUUAUGAAUAUGUAGAUUUUGUCGGAUUACAUACUGCAUAUGUCUUGUGAAUAAUAGCUAUUUUAUUGUUAAAUACACCACAAGGCUUGUAUAAAGGAACUGUCAUUCUCCGAAAUUUCAAUGUUAUUGUAAUGUACAGAAAUCUAUUGGAUCAUUUUUUCAUGAGUUUGAAGUGAUGGACAGUAUUAGAUUUUAAAUGUACCUGUUUCCAGGUGAUAUAUUGACUUGCCAGUAUAGGCUAGAGAUUUCCUUAAGCUGAAUUAAAUUCAGAAAUAUCUUCACAGUACCAAACUAUGUUUUUCAACGACAUAGUUUAAUAGAGUACAUUUAUAUUCCAUUUUUAAAAAAAGCAAAAACAAAAAACAAUUUGAUCUGGUGUCUGGGGCAUUUUUUUUCUCUCUCACGUAUUCCAUAAAUUCAAUCAUUUAUUGAUCAUCGUUAUACAAAUGUUAUUGCAUUAAGAAAAUACCCAAUUCACCGUUAUUACUGACAUGUACCCAAUUUUUAUGGAUAUACUGCACACUGAAUCUGUUAUUGUAAAGAAGUAUGGAAAUUAUUUCCAGGGGAGACAAUUUUUGGCCGUAUGUUGAUGGUAAUUUCUAAUUGGAGCUGAUUUUAGGGUUUGGUAAUUGCUGUAGUUUGUGGGAAGUAGAAAUGAAGAGAACAUUGUUUUUAAACCUGUGCAAAACAUUAUUAAAAUCCAUGAAUAAUA